AUGCCCGCCUCCAAUACAAUGGACGAAAACAUCAAAAUCGAAGAUGAUUGCCUCAAUCAUUGCAUCGACACUGCAUCGGACACAUUAUUACGGACACUCUUGAAGACUAUCUGCGAGACAAUUCCCGCCGCAAAAGAGAAGGUCGUUGAAAAUCUACUUGUCGAAAAGAACAAGGUUCCAAUUCCACCGAGUUCGGAUUCGGAUUCGGAUCAAGAAUCAAACGACGAGGGCUCAGAUGAAGAGAAAGGCUCUGAAGAUGAUGAGACCGCAAGCGCAGAGAAACGUCCGGCUCAGGAAACUACUAGCAGUGCCAAGAGGCCUCGCUAUGCAGAAUGCGAAGUCUGUAAUAAGCAAUUUGACGUUCUGUUGAACUCGGAAACAGCCUGCAGAUACCAUGAAAAAGAGGCCUGUGUGGAAGAUGAUUCGCCUUUGUUCUGGGACAAUGACUUCUUCGGCCCUAUGGAAGCGGAGACCGACCCGCACAUCAGAGAAGAAUAUCCGGAGUACUUUAAAUUCGAAUGCUGCGGGGGCAACUUGAUGGACAAUCCCGAUGGGUGCAAGACUGGCUGGCACAAAGAGGCAUCCUCGUAUCUUGUCGCCAUGAGCGCGAAAAAGAGGCGCCUGAUUUGA